UUUUGGAAACAAAUUGUAUCUACGGUAGCCUUAUUAGGGCCAGUUUACGCUAGCCCUUCGGCCCUCGAAGUUGUUCAAGAUAUGUUUAACACUUGUAUCAAAGAUUUCUCAGUGGGUUGUGUUAAACCAAAAGCAAUGUCAUGGGUGAGCAAUGUGAUUAAUCAACCUGUCAUUAAGAUUACUGAAGAUUUACUUGUAGUAAAGAAGAGCAACCCCAGUUUAGAAGAGGAAGAGCGAAGCAACCCAGCUGAUAUCUUCGAUAAAUUUGAAGAUUUUCUGCAGUCGCAUGAUGUUGUGGCCAAAGUGCCGGAAAUUUUGAGGCCCACUGGUCCUCUUGCAGAGCUACUACCAAGAUCUUUCCAACCUACAGAUUUGUCUGUACCAAUGGCAGCUACUGGAAGAUCGAAGAUGGUAAAGAAAAUCCUGGUGCCCUUCUUGUUGGGUCUUAAGUUCAAAACUGCUGUUUUAGUACCUUUGGCGCUUGCCUUGAUAGCCCUGAAAACAUGGAAGGCUCUUACGUUGGGAUUACUGUCGUUGGUUCUUACUGGUGCUUUAGUCAUCUUCAGGUUGACGAAACCAAAGGUUACCACAUAUGAAGUAGUUCAUUAUCCACAACAUGAACAUGUUCAUCACAUUGAAGCUGCUGCGGCACCCACUGGUUGGGAACAACCUGUUUAUGGAAGAUCCCUGAAUCCUCAAGAAAUGGCCUACAGUGCUUAUGUUAAGCAGUGA